AUAUGUAGUAGCAGUUAGUUUGUAAAUAUUACAUUUGAUAAAGACACGGUGUUGUUGAAACAAUUGAACUUUUAGUUCUUAUUUAUUUUGAUAAAUGGAUUUUCAUCAAGUAAAAGCCACCUCAGUUCAAAUUAUAUAGAAUUCAAUGGUGCGCAUUGGUAUUGUCUUUUGUACUAUUGUCCAAAAACAAGUGUAGUGCCACAAAACAAAAAACAUACUUUUGUUAAUGUUUGAAAUCUUGAACUCCAUGAAACCUUAUCUUGGGAAACUAAAUUGCAAUUACAAUUUAUAUGAACUUUUAGUUCAUAUUUAUUUUGGACAUAUUAUUGUCUGGUCUUUUUUUUAUAAAAACGACUUCCCAUCGCUCUUACUGGCCGCACAUUUUUUCCUAAAACGCCCGGUAUUAAAUCGUCUUUCUUUUUCAGGCAUCGGGUACGAGACGGCUUUAGAUUUCGCGAAGCGGGGCGCAAAAGUGAUCCUCGCUUGUCGAAACGAAACCAAAGCCAAAAACGCGACCGAACGGAUAAUCCGCGAGAGUGACAACCCGAACGUAUUUUACGAGCUGGUCGACUUCGAAUCGUUGAAUUCCGUACGGGAUUUCGCGGCGGAAAUUAUCCGAACUCAACCAAAAUUGAACAUUUUGGUAAAUAACGCGGGCGCCGGCGUUCUGGGCGAUAGAUUAACCGAAGAUGAGCUCCAGAUCACUAUGCAAGUGAACUACUUCGCGCCCUUCUUGCUCACCAUGAUGCUACUAGACCUUCUGAAGGAAACGCCCGGUUCUAGGAUAAUAAACGUGUCCUCGUUGGCCGCUAUAUUCGGUUAUGUAAGCCUCGACAAUCUAAACUCGUUCUCUGGAGGAGAAUAUCACAUGUACGCCAAAAGUAAACUGUGCAACAUCUUGUUUACGCAAGAAUUAGCGUCGAGGCUAGGGAACACCGACGUCACGACGUACUCCUUGCAUCCGGGUUCCGUUUCCACCGAGCUUUUCAGGAAUAUGCCCGUUUAUUUCAAGCUUCCCGUGGAGUAUGUUUAUAUGAGCCUGUUUCGGAAGACGCCUUUGGAGGGAGCGCAGACCACGAUACAUUGCGCAGUACAAAAAGGUAUCGAGGAUCAAUCGGGUCAACAUUUCCACAACUGUCGAAGAUGGGCAAAAUACUUGAACGCGCGUAACCCAGAUCUAGCCAAGAAGCUGUGGAAAAAGACCGAGGAAAUGGUCAAACUGGACACGAGCAUCCUUUUAAUGCGCGCUGUCAUCGACAAGACUGUGGAAAAUGGUGUGGUUAGAUCUCAAAGUUAAAGAUGUACAUACAUACAUUUUUAUUUUUUUAAAAUUAACCUGCGUAUUUUUAUUUACCCUUAUUCGUCCUAACAAUCAACUAAAUCUGUAGAGAUAGACUUCCAGAGGACCUUUUAGAGCUUGAACAUUUAAAGAGCCUUUCAAACAGAUUUUAUGGGUACAUCUUUUACAUGAACCUUCAGAGGUGGAGCUUUUAGAUGUGUUUUUAUAGAGCUUUUAAAAAGAUUUUAGGGGUUUAAAAAGGCAUUUGCGAGAAAUGCAAUUAUGUGGGGUCUAUUUACUUUUACAGCUGGAGCUUUGAAAGGAGAUUUUAAAGAAUGAAUUGUCUAGAGCUUUGGGAGUUAAGGCGUUUCGAGAAGUUUUAGAGCUAGAGCUUUUAGAACUAAAUAUUGUAGAGUCUGAACUUUUAAAGAGCUUUUGGGAAUAGAACUUUCAGAUGCGUUUUUAGAGGUCUUGUCGAGGUAGAUAUAUUAAAGCUAUAGUUAUCCACCACAGGGCGAAAUUUCUGAGCAGAAAAAUACGCUUCCGCUUUAACUAACCCAAAUAGUCAACGGAAUAGAUUCCGCUUCCGCUUUUGCCUCUAAGUGUUCUAGAGAUAGAGAAUACAAGUUUUGACGUAAACAUGUCUUCUUCUUCUUCAAGUGCCUAUUCGUUCGGAAUAUUGGCUAUAAUGACCUCGUUUACGGUUGCUCUGAAUAAUUUAGUGGUUGUGCUGGAAU